UAUGUCAUUUAGUGCAUUUCUCCCUUUGCUUUGCAGCUCACUUUGAACUGUCACAUAUUUCAGCGCCUGUCCAAUUGAGUUAGCUCGACAUAUUUUCAGUGGAAUGGCUGCAUUAAUCAGGAGGAUUAUCAGCACAACAAAAGCUCCUGCUGCUAUAGGCCCGUACAGCCAAGCAGUGGUGGUGGAUCGGACAAUGUACAUCUCAGGACAGCUGGGGAUGGAUCCUGCCAGUGGACAGCUGGUGGAAGGUGGUGUUCAGGCUCAGACCAGACAGGCUCUUGUAAAUAUGGGUGAAAUCCUUAAAGCUGCUGGGUGCGGUUAUGAGAAUGUUGUCAAAACCACAGUGCUCCUCGCUGACAUGAAUGACUUCACUAAUGUCAACAAUGUUUACAAGCAGUUCUUCAGCACUAACUACCCAGCCAGAGCUGCCUAUCAGGUUGCUGCUCUUCCCAGAGGUGGACUGGUUGAGAUUGAAGCAGUUGCUGUUUUGGGCCCUCUGACUGAUGUUUCCUAACACAACCAUCUCUAUCAAAAAAUAAAAACUGGAAAACCCAUAAUCACUGAAGAAUAUAUGGGUCCUUUUUUGUAGACGAAGCAAGAAUUGACACAGCAUAAUUUCUGUGUAAUAUUAACCAUUUUAAUUAUAGAUGUAUCAUCUUAUGUAGUGUUUUAAGUGCUUUAUCACUGUCACAAAUAUGUUGAGGGUGACCUUGCACCUUGCAGACUAACAAGCUCAGAGCACUUUCUCCUGUCUCAGUAACACUGAUAAGACAUGUUUGGAGACAACACUGCAUUCGAAAUCUCCUCUGCUUAUAUUUCACUUACAAAACUGAAGAGGAAUACUCUACCAGUCUGUGCUGACCAUGAGCUGUACCCAUGACAGUGUGUCUUCUCACAUUAUGUCAGAUGAUGGAUAAUGAUCAAAUAUAAAUAAAUAAUAAAUAUUUUUAAUCUA